UUUGGGUCGUCGGUGAAUAAUAAACGUAGAAAUAAGUUGCUUAAAUGAUUUAAUGUGCAAAAACCUAAUUAUGUGGAGCAUAAUAUAUAGAAUCGAGAGUGACUGAGCUAUGUUGAACAAAAAUAAUAGAGAAACACGCAACACAUCGAAACUGGACUGAGCUCUCGUGCCUUAACUUAAAUAUUAAACUAACGUUUAAACUGAAGGCCCCUUAGAGGCAAAAACGAACAACAAUCUAACACCAAGCUACAAAAUUCAAGCCGUACAUCAAUCGCAAUCGCCAUGGGCAGUGUCUGGAAGCGUUUGCAGCGGGUUAACAAGCGUGCGGCAAAGUUUCAGUUCACUGCCUCCUAUCAUGAUCUACGACUAGAGACUACCGCCAAAUGGCGUCCCUCAAAUCUAUCCGUGGUCUGGACGAGACGCUCAAGACGUGUAGCCAGCGCGCCCUUACCAUGGGAGCCGGAUAUGAUGAAUCCUCUGGUGGGCAACAUCAGCUGGCCCGUGCCCGACAAUCAUGCUAUAUCGGUGACAUUAUUCAAAGAUCCGCGCACACAUGAACUCGAGGACAAAGACUGGACAUUUGUUAUCGAAGAUAUAUCUGCUUUGGGCAAGAAGCGUGUCUUGGCCAAUGCCAGCAUCAAUAUGCGUAAAUAUGCCAGUAUUGAGUCCACGCAGCAAAGCUUUACUCUCAACCUAAAGCCCGUUUCACGUAAGAUAUCUGGCGCCGAUCUGGAGUUAACCAUCAGCUGUGUUUUUCUACGCGAAGGCAAGGCCACUGAUGAGGAUAUGCAGAGUGUGGUUUCCCUAAUGUCGGUAAACAACAAUUGCGAUGUGGCACCUCUAGAUGAUCUAGAGGAUAUACCAGAUUUGGAUAACUCUGGCGAUAUUUCAGACCAUUUGUAUGACUUCACACAACAAUUGGAGCUGAUGACAACCAGUUUAAAUGGUUGCAUCGAUGUGCCAACGCCGCUAAGUGUUCCCUCAUUGUCAGAAGAUCCAACACCAUUGGCCGAGUCAUUUAAUCAUUUACAUUUUGAACUCGAAGCAGAUCAGGCCAAUGAACCCAAAACGCCUGCCAACGCCGCCGCAAAGCCCAACAAUGAGAUGGAUUUGACAGCCAAGACACCAAGCGCAAUGCCCACACUGCCAGCUACGACCAAAGUAACGGAUGAGGCGAACGAUGAAGUGCUGCCUAAGCCAUUGGAAUUGCCGACAGCUAGACGGCAGGAACGUUUCCAUGAAAUGCUCACGUCUACGCCUGUGGAACGGGUGCCCCCACAAACUCCAAGCGAAACGGAUAACAAUAAGAAAAUCCCACUAAAUCGAGCUUUAAGCUUUGAAAAGUCAGAGGACAAGCAGGCAAACUCUUAUGUUGAGCAAUCUGCAGUAACGAGUAACAAGAGCAUCACCACAACCACAACCACGACCACAAGUACUACAAAAACCACAGUCAUUGAGCCCGCAGAGUGCGUUGCAGAAGAAACCAAAGCCACACCCAAGAGUUCAGCAGUCGCUAGCAGUGCCAAGCGCUCCGAGCUACCACCAUUGAAUCUUAAAAAGAGUUACGAACCCUUGAACAAUACGCAACAGCAAAGCAAUAACUCAAACUCGAACAGUUUGAAGCCUGUGGAAAAGAUUGUGCUAAAGGAGAAUACGCCCGGUCAGGACUUACUUGAGUGGUGCAAAGAGGUGACCAAAGAUUAUCCCAAUGUCAAGGUGACGAAUCUGACGACCAGUUGGCGCAACGGCAUGGCCUUCUGUGCCAUUAUACAUCACUUUAUGCCGGAGCUAAUAGAUAUGACGCAGCUAAGCGCGCACGACGUAGUUGGCAAUUGUCGCACUGCUUUCGAUGCGGCCGAAACAUUGGGCAUACCUCGUGUAAUUGAGCCACGCGACAUGAAUCUGCUGACGGUGCCCGAUAAAUUGGCAGUCAUGACGUAUUUGCAUCAAUUGCGUGCCCACUUUACCGGCAAGCAACUACAAAUUGAACAAAUUGGCUCAACUGCAGAUGAGUCGAGCUAUGUCAUUGGCGAUUACAAAUCGGAUAAUUUAUCGCAGAACCUUAUUAACUUCUCGCACUUGAAGACACACCUACGGCACCAGAACUCCCUUGACGAAGACAUACUCUUGCAGCAGCAGCAACAGCUUUCGCCAAAUGGCAAACAGGAUGUCAAAAAUCUUAUACUCUCUAGUUCCAAAAACAUUUUGGGAAAGGUGCUCUCGCCCACCAAGGAAAAAAAUACUUUUAACUCUGCGCAGUCAGCGAAUCUUAGUGGCAAAUCGUUGCUGGGUCGCCAGACACCUCUCACCAUCGAAGGUGACACUUUUGAGGAUAUUCAAAAGCCAGUGUCACCCACAUCUUUGGAUCCCAAUGCGACGAAUCGAAUAUUAACGCGCCACAAAGAAAUGAGCGAACGCGCCAAACUGAUGAUGGAAAAAUUGAAAAUUUCCAGUGCAAGUGAAGCCAAUGAUGAGGAGCGACAACAGCGCUUGCGUGAGCAAGCACGUCGCCUUAUUCUGGAUACGCGCAACAAGACAGGAGCACCUGGUCCUGGCUCCGGCGCCCAGGACAGUCCCACAAGCCCCACUAAGCUGAAACGUCUGAAUAUUACUGCCACCUCACCCAAGCACAAUGGCAGCGGCGGUGGUGGCGGCAAUCAAAUGAGUCCUAGUCAUAGAUUUAAUGAACGCAACAGUCCACUGCAGUCCUUUAAUGCUGUGGUGGAGCGUAUUUCACCAAAGCACGAGAAGAGAGGCGAUAAACUGUCUUACAUAGAGUCCGAGCUGGAAGCGCUAGAGCGUGAGCAAGAGGCCAUUGACUUGAAGGCCAGCAAUCUGGAGGCGAAACUGCGCGCUGUCAUGGGCGGUAAUCCAAGUAAUAAUCGCAGUCGUACAAACUCAUUUCUUAGGCUAAUACGCAAUAGCAUUGGUGGUGGUGAUGUCAUACGCAUAAAAUUGCUUGGCUCCGACGAUGAAAGUCUCUUUGGUAGCGGUGUGAGUGCAGCCGAAGAAGAUGGCGAUGACGAUGGCGACAAUGAUGAUGAUGAUGAUGAUGCGGACAAUGACGACGAUGCAGGCACACACAGCGAGACCUCAGCAUGCUCCGAGGAGCAUUUGCGUAGAGUUAAGAAGCCUAUGCGACCACGUGCUCUUUCCUGUUUUGUGAAUGGCCAACAACGGCACACAUAUCAGCAGUCCCAUGGCCAUGAGCCCCAGCGUCAUCAUGUGCACCAUGUGCCCGUGCCUUUUGGCCAGCAUUUGUGGCCGCCACAGCAAAGCAACUGUGAUAGACUGCCCGCCUAUGUGACAGACGAUGAUGAUGAAAAUGAAGAUGAUGACGAUGCGCUGGUCAUGUCUGUCACGGGACAUGCGGCCACCUGCCGGCGUAGACGCCGAAGCCGAGGCCGACAGCCGCGUCGGCGUUGUGAAACCGAAGAAACUGAGGAGCAAUUGCUCUCACAAUGGUUUACGCUGGUCAACAAGAAGAACGCGCUUUUGCGACGGCAAAUGCAGCUGAAUAUACUCGAGCAAGAAAAGGAUCUGGAGCGUAAGUUUAGCAUGCUGGAGCGUGAGUUGCGUGCUGCGCAGUCUGUUGAAGAUUGGCGGAAGACGGAGGCGCAGCGUGAGAAGGAGCGUCUACUGCUGGAUGAGCUGGUGACUAUUGUAGACAAGCGUGAUCAGCUGGUGCAGCAUUUGCACAAUCAAGAGAUAGCCAUUGAGGAUGAUCAUGAGAUAGCACGCGAGCUGGAGCAGGUGGACAUCAGUGGUGGCAAGGAAAAGUGUGUUAUACAAUAAGCAACAACAACAACAACCAAAACAUCAACGAGAUCAACAAGACGAUGCUCUGCAACUUGACUGGAGAUUAUAGCUUAUACUAUAACUAAGUAGUUAUAUCAAAUGCACACUGUCUUUUGAUUGUACUUAAUACAGCUGCAAGCACUUGAUGUAAAUGUGUGUAAGACUCACAUGCACGCAUUUACAUACAUACUUGCACAUUUUAAAAGGAAGUGCUUAACUAAUCCAAGUUCUCUGAACUUGUGGGUACUUUUAAAGACGAAGCAAAGGCAAAAAAAUACAAUAUGAAUUGAUAAACAUUUUUAAACAGCAAAGACGUCCGUUAGCCAAUUAAGCAGAAAUUCAAAGACAGUUUUAAACCACUUUAUAAAUUGAGAAAUUGCGUGUUUUUUUUCUUCCAAAUUUCAAAUGUAUUUUGUGUGCCAUUCAUUUGUGCGUAAAUUUAUGUUGCCCCUAUAAUGUAUGAAAUCAAAGACCCGAACUGUGAGUUUAACUUAAGCAUUUGUACGGUAUUUUCAUUUGGUUAAUAUAUAUAAACAUAUAUAUAUUUAUUUUCCUUGUAUGUUUGUCCUGAACAUCCCCAAGUAUCUGUAUACUUAACUAUUUAAUUACUUUGUACAGUUUAGUUUUUACCUCAACCUUAUUUGACUAUUCAAUGGUGGUUUAUUUAUAAUCCUAUGUUUAAAGCAAUUGCUUGUAACGAAUAAAAAACAACUUGAUAUGUAAAAUUGCUUAUAAAA